AGCAGCAUCAGCUCAGGACCUUCAGUUCGGUUCCACAUCGCAAUAUCCAAAAGCACGUAAAAAUGGAUUCUUGGCUCACAAUAAUGCUGAUGUGUGGACUUCUUAUAGCAUCUCUUCAAGGAACCGAUGGAUUCAGACUUCGACGUUCUAAACAAGACAAGAACCAAAUGCUGGAAACAAAUAUCAAGCAACUACAAAAUCAUUACAACACACUUGGUGCAGAAUGGGUCAGGAUAAAAGUUUUUGAUCUGGACCGGGUGAAUGUUUUGAAGUCAAGUUCAUGCACCUGUCAGUCGCUGAUGCUCGAAGGAAUGUUGAACGUCUAUGAAAAAAUCUUCACGGAUAUGCUCAAGAAGUUGGAGAAGAAAGAACUGAAAGCCAGCGUCAAUGAUAUCAUGAAAGAGGUUAAAAAUGUGAGAGAUAAAUACAGUGUGGAACAAAAGCUUUGGAAAGACCUUCAAGACCUUCACCAUGUCAAGGAGAAAAACAGCACAAUCCAAGGAGUGGCGUUGAAUGAGUUUCUCAUGGUGAUUAAUGAAGCCUACACAGAGAAAGAAGAUUCGCGAUCCAAUCAAAGUACUGUCUGACCUUGUACUGUAGCAUACUAGUGCCUUGCUAUUGUAUUAUUUAUUUAUAAGUUAUAUGGAAAGAAUUAUUUAUUUUUGUUUUAUCGUGCAAUCUACUACAACACAACACAAUACAACUAUAACUUAAAAACUAACUUAUUUUCACACAGUCACAAAUGUGUUUACAUCAUUUACAGUGUA